AUUGUGACUCGGCACGGUCCGGAGGCAGACAGACACUUGUUACGCUGCCUAUUCUCACAUGUGGAUUUCAGUGGCGAUGGUAAAAGCAGUGGUAAAGAUUUUCACCAGACCCAGUUUCUGAUUCAGGAGUGCGCAGCGCUGAUCACCAAGCCCAACUUCAUCUCCACCCUCUCGUACGCCAUUGACAAUCCAUUGCACUAUCAGAAGAGUCUGAAGCCAUCUCCCCACCUUUUUGCCCAGCUGAGUAAAGUCCUGAAGCUCAGUAAAGUUCAGGAGGUGAUCUUUGGCUUGGCUCUUCUGAACUCCUGCAACAGCGACCUGCGGGGCUUCGCGGCGCAGUUUGUGAAGCAGAAGCUCCCGGAUCUCCUGCGUUCCUACGUUGACGUGGACGUUAGUGGCAGCCAAGAAGGUGGAUUCCAAGAUAUUGCCAUAGAGGUCCUGCACCUCCUCCUCUCCAAUCUCCUUUUCGGCCAGAAGGGAGCCUUCGGGGUUGGACAGGAGCAGAUUGUCGCCUUUCUUAAAACCCUGCGCAGAGGUCCCUCGUGGCCGUACCCCAUCCCAUCCAACCUGAAGCUGGCACUUUGGCAUAUUUCGAAUGGCUGCUCGGUGCGAGAACUGACCGUGCUGCACGUGGAAGAAUGCCGCAAUAUCAUCGUUCAGUUUGGCGUCCGGGAGGUGACUGCGGUGCAGGUCGCCCGGGUCCUGGGGAUGAUGGCACGGACACAUUCUGGGCUCACGGACGGCAUCUCCUUACAGUCCAUCUCGGCCCCCGGCAGCGGCAUCUGGAGCGAUGGCAAGGACAAGAAUGACAGCGUGCAGGCCCACACUUGGAACGUGGAGGUUCUCAUUGAUGUGGUGAAGGAGCUGAAUCCCAACCUGAACUUCAAGGAGGUGACGUACGAGCUGGACCACCCGGGGUUCCUGAUCCGUGACAGCAAGGGGCUUCAGACUGUAGUAUACGGCAUCCAGAGGGGGCUGGGCAUGGAUGUGUUCCCCGUCGAUCUCAUCUAUCGGCCUUGGAAACAUGCAGAAGGCCAGCUCUCCUUCGUGCAGCAUUCCUUGAUUAAUCCGGACAUCUUCUGCUUUGCCGACUACCCCUGUCACGCCGUGGCAACUGACAUCCUAAAGGCUCCACCAGAAGACGACAAUCGGGAGAUAGCGACAUGGAAAAGUUUGGAUCUGAUCGAGUCCCUGCUUCGGCUGGCUGAGGUGGGCCAAUACGAGCAGGUCAAGCAGCUCUUCAGCUACCCCAUCAAACACUGUCCUGACAUGCUGGUCCUGGCUCUGCUCCAAAUCAACACUUCCUGGCACACCCUGCGCCAUGAACUCAUCUCCACCCUGAUGCCAAUCUUUCUGGGUAACCAUCCCAACUCCGCCAUCAUUUUGCACUAUGCGUGGCAUGGCCAGGGCCAGUCUCCCUCCAUCCGCCAGCUGAUCAUGCAUGCCAUGGCAGAGUGGUAUAUGCGUGGUGAGCAGUAUGACCAGGCCCGCCUGUCUCGUAUACUUGAUGUGGCCCAGGACUUGAAGGCCUUGUCAAUGCUGCUGAAUGGUACUCCAUUUGCCUUUGUUAUUGAUCUUGCUGCACUCGCUUCGCGCCGGGAAUACCUCAAACUGGACAAAUGGCUGACGGAUAAAAUACGGGAACACGGGGAGCCCUUUGUCCAAGCCUGCAUGACGUUCCUCAAGCGGCGCUGUCCUUCCAUACUGGGCGGCAUGGCUCCAGAGAAAGACCAGCCAAAGAGCGCCCAGCUUCCGCCUGAAACUCUGGCCACAAUGCUGGCAUGCCUUCAGGCUUGUGCGGGGAGUGUGUCUCAGGAGCUCUCUGAAACUAUCCUUACCAUGGUGGCCAACUGCAGCAAUGUGGUGAACAAGGCGCGUCAGCCUCCUCCGGGGGUUAUGCCCAAGGGUCGCCCUCCCAGUACGAGCAGCCUGGACGCCAUCUCUCCGGUACAGAUCGAUCCUCUGGCUGCAAUGGCCUCCCUCAGCAUCAGCGGUUCUGCCGCCCCUCACACACAGAGCCUUCCAGCUUUCCCCCCCAACCUGGGCUCCGCUUUCAGCACGCCGCAGUCACCAGCCAAGGCAUUCCCCCCCCUCACAACUCCAAACCAAUCUACUGCUUUUAGUGGCCUCGGUGCUCUGUCUUCGCAGUUGCCAGGUGGCCUCGGGACGGGCAGCCUCACUGGAAUGGGCACUGGAGGAUUGGGCCUUCCCGCUGUGAACACGGACCCAUUUGGGCAGAGGAAACUCAGCACCUCUGGGCUCAGUCAGCCGACAUUCCAGCAGAGUAAGUUUUUUGUUGUNNNNCCAAAAGAAAACCAGCACUUUACUAAAGAGAUCGACGACGAAGCCAACAGCUACUUCCAGCGCAUCUACAACCAGCCCCCACACCCCACCAUGUCCGUGGAUGAGGUGUUGGAAAUGCUGCAAAGGUUCAAAGACUCCAACAUAAAGCGGGAGCGCGAAGUCUUCAACUGCAUGCUGCGCAACCUAUUUGAGGAGUAUCGCUUCUUCCCCCAGUACCCGGACAAGGAGUUGCAUAUUACCGCCUGUUUGUUUGGUGGCAUCAUUGAAAAGGGACUAGUCACGUACAUGGCUCUAGGACUGGCACUGCGCUAUGUACUGGAAGCACUGCGCAAACCUUACGGAUCCAAAAUGUAUUUCUUUGGCAUCGCUGCACUAGAUAGGUUCAAAAACAGGUUGAAGGACUAUCCUCAGUACUGUCAGCACUUGGCUUCCAUCAGUCACUUUAUCCAGUUCCCUCAUCACCUGCAGGAGUAUAUAGAGUACGGUCAGCAGUCCCGGGACCCUCCGGUCAAGAUGCAGGGGUCUAUUACCACACCAGGCAGUAUUGCACUUUCACAGGCCCAGGCUCAAGCCCAGGUCCCCGCCAAAGCUCCCCUCCCCGGCCCGGUAAUCGCCAAUGCCGUUACCACAUCUACCGCCACAACCUCAGCCAAAACCGUUACCAUUACCAGGCCCACCGGCGUCAGCUUCAAGAAGGAUGUACCGCCAUCCAUCAACACUACCAACAUAGACACGCUUCUAGUGGCCACUGACCAGAACGAGAGGACUGUGGAGCCGCCGGAAAAUGUGCAAGAGAAGAUCGCCUUCAUAUUUAAUAACCUGUCGCAGUCCAACAUGACACAGAAGGUGGAAGAGCUGAAGGAGACGGUGAAAGAUGAAUUCAUGCCUUGGGUGUCUCAGUACCUGGUGAUGAAGAGGGUGAGCAUUGAGCUGAACUUUCACAGUCUGUAUUCCAACUUCAUGGACGCUCUGAAGAAUGCCGAGUUCAACAAGAUGGUUCUAGCCGAGACCUACAGGAACAUCAAGGUCUUGCUGACGUCUGACAAGGCUGCUGCUAACUUCUCUGACCGCUCUCUGCUGAAGAACCUGGGUCACUGGCUGGGCAUGAUCACCCUGGCCAAGAACAAACCCAUCUUGCACACGGACCUGGAUGUGAAGUCGCUGCUGCUGGAGGCCUAUAUGAAGGGACAGCAGGAGAUGCUCUAUGUGGUGCCUUUUGUUGCUAAAGUCCUGGAGUCCAGUGUCAGGAGCGUGGUAUUUCGACCUCCAAACCCGUGGACAAUGGCGCUUAUGAAUGUCCUGGCGGAGCUGCACCAAGAGCACGAUCUGAAGCUUAAUCUGAAGUUUGAGAUCGAGGUCCUAUGUAAAAAUCUGGUGAUUGACCUCAACGACUUGAAGCCGGGGAAUCUCCUGAAGGACAAGGACCGCCUGAAGUCUCUGGAUGAGCAGCUUUCCGCCCCGAAGAAAGACGUGAAGCCACCGGAACAGGAGCUGUUACCCAAUAUCAUCAGUGCCAACGAGUACGCCAUCCGCACGGCGGGCAAGCUCUGGGCCUCGGUGGAGAAGCAGGAGUCUGACGCAGUCUUCACAGCUACAGCCACAGCCCCGCCUCCUAGCGUCACCUGCGCCGCCACGGUUCCGCCGCAGCCGCAGUACAGCUACCACGACAUCCACGUCUAUUCCCUUGCUGGGAUUGCACCUCACAUAACGCUCAAUCCCACGAUCCCUCUCUUCCAGACGCACCCGCACCUCAAGCAGUACGUACGGCAGGCCAUUGAGCGGGCGGUGCAGGAGCUGGUGCAUCCCGUGGUUGACCGUUCCAUCAAGAUCGCCAUGACCACCUGCGAGCAGAUCGUACGGAAGGACUUUGCGCUGGAUUCGGAGGAGUCCCGCAUGCGGGUGGCCGCUCAUCACAUGAUGCGCAAUCUGACUGCCGGGAUGGCCAUGAUCACCUGCAGAGAGCCUCUGCUGAUGAGUAUUGCUACCAACCUGAAGACCAGCUUUGCCACUUCCCUGCGGGCUGCCUCCCCCCAACAGCGGGAGAUGAUGGAACAGGCCGCUGCUCAGGUAGCUCAGGAUAACUGCGAGCUGGCCUGCUGCUUCAUACAGAAGACGGCGGUGGAGAAGGCUGGACCGGAGAUGGACAAGAGGCUGGCCACGGAAUUUGAAUUGCGGAAGCAUGCCAGGCAGGAAGGACGGCGCUAUUGUGAUCCCGUUGUACUGACUUACCAGGCGGAGCGGAUGCCGGAGCAGAUCCGACUGAAGGUCGGAGGUGUGGACCCCAAACAGCUGGCUGUUUAUGAGGAAUUUGCACGCAAUGUUCCUGGCUUCCUCCCCACCAACGACUUGACUCAACCCACAGGAUUCCUGGCUCAGCCCAUGAAGCAACAAGCCUGGGCCACCGACGAUGUCGCGCAGAUUUAUGACAAGUGCAUCGCCGAACUGGAGCAACAUCUGCACGCCAUCCCGCCCACGCUAGCCAUGAACCCUCAGUCUCAGGCCCUGCGAGGUCUGCUGGAAGCCGUGGCACUGGCCCGUAACACCAGGGAUGCCAUUGCUGCUUUGGGGCUGCUGCAAAAGGCUGUGGAAGGUCUGCUUGAUGCCACUAGCGGUGCCGAUGCCGACCUCCUGCUCCGAUACCGGGAAUGUCAUCUACUCGUCCUGAAAGCUCUGCAAGACAGCCGGGCCUACGGGGCUCCAUGGAUAUACGGCUUCCUUACCGGCUUGUCUGGCAGGUGUCUGAUCGAGUGUCGGGACGAGUACAAGUACAACGUGGAGGCUGUGGAGCUUCUGAUCAGGAACCAUCUUGUGAACAUGCAGCAGUACGAUGUCCACCUGGCACAGUCCAUGGAGAACGGGCUGAACUACAUGGCCGUGGCCUUCGCUAUGCAGCUGGUGAAGAUCUUGCUUGUGGACGAUCGCAGCGUCAGUCACGUGACGGAGGCGGAGUUUUUCCACACCAUAGAGACUCUGAUGCGUAUUAAUGCGCACUCCAGGGGCAACGCACCAGAAGGGCUUCCACAGCUCAUGGAUGUGCUCCGCUCUAACUUCGAGGCCAUGAUUGAACGGGCCCAGGGCGGCCCCAACUUCAUGAUGCAUUCUGGGAUAUCUCAAGCCUCGGAGUACGAUGAUCCCCCGGGACUCCGGGAAAAGGCCGAGUACCUCCUGAGAGAAUGGGUCAAUCUGUACCACUCGGCUGCGGCCGGACGGGACAGCACCAAGGCCUUCUCUGCGUUUGUUGGGCAGAUGCACCAACAGGGCAUUCUGAAGACCGACGACCUCAUCACCCGAUUCUUCCGCCUGUGUACGGAGAUGUGCGUGGAAAUCAGCUACCGCGCUCAGGCCGAGCAGCAGCACAACCCGGCCGCCAACCCUACCAUGAUCCGAGCCAAGUGCUACCACAACCUCGACGCCUUCGUCAGGCUCAUCGCGCUGCUGGUCAAGCACUCCGGAGAGGCCACCAAUACCGUGACCAAGAUCAACCUUCUCAACAAAGUUCUCGGUAUCGUGGUCGGAGUUCUGCUCCAGGAUCAUGAGGUGAGGCAGAGUGAGUUCCAGCAGCUUCCGUACCAUCGAAUCUUCAUCAUGCUGCUGCUGGAGUUGAACGCCCCGGAACAUGUGUUAGAAACCAUCAACUUCCAGACCCUCACCGCCUUCUGCAAUACCUUCCACAUCCUCCGGCCCACCAAAGCCUCGGGCUUCGUCUACGCCUGGCUGGAGCUGAUCUCUCACCGCAUCUUCAUCGCACGAAUGUUGGCGCACACUCCCCAGCAGAAGGGGUGGCCGAUGUACGCCCAGCUACUGAUCGACCUCUUCAAAUAUCUGGCCCCGUUCCUCCGAAACGUGGAACUCUCCAAACCUAUGCAAAUCCUCUACAAGGGCACACUGCGCGUGCUGCUGGUUCUGCUCCACGACUUCCCAGAGUUCCUCUGUGAUUAUCACUAUGGCUUCUGUGACGUCAUCCCACCCAACUGCAUCCAGCUGAGGAAUCUGAUCCUGAGUGCCUUUCCCCGAAACAUGCGACUUCCGGACCCCUUCACCCCCAACCUCAAGGUGGACAUGUUGAGUGAGAUAAACAUCGCUCCCAGGAUCCUCACCAACUUCACCGGAGUGAUGCCGCCGCAGUUCAAGAAAGACCUGGACUCCUACCUGAAGACCCGCUCGCCCGUCACCUUCUUGUCGGAGCUGCGCAGCAAUUUGCAGGUAUCCAACGAGCCCGGAAACCGUUACAGCAUCCAGCUGAUCAAUGCGUUGGUCCUUUACGUCGGCACGCAGGCCAUCGCGCACAUCCACAACAAAGGCAGCACGCCCUCCAUGAGCACCAUCACCCACUCUGCCCACAUGGACAUCUUCCAGAACCUGGCCGUGGACCUGGACACUGAAGGGCGCUACCUCUUCCUGAACGCCAUCGCCAACCAGCUUCGGUACCCCAACAGCCACACGCACUACUUCAGCUGCACCAUGCUGUACCUCUUCGCUGAGGCCAACACCGAGGCCAUCCAGGAGCAGAUCACUCGGUGAGAUU